AUGGACCAACAACGCCUUCGACAAACCUUUCCACCCGAAUCCUCUGCCAGUAAACUCACACUUCCAGUCCCCAAGCUUGCGCUUGACUUCCGCAUGUCUGCGAAGCUCAAUCCUCUCAUCCCGGUAGGAGAAGGACCAUGGGGCAAACGGAACUGGAUUUCAUUCUCUGGCGGGACAUGGACAGCAUCGUGGGGAUCAGGAACAGUGGAGCCCGGCGGCCAAGACUCCCAACUCGUCCUUUCAGACAGUUUAUCCACAUAUGUCACGACCAACUACCUUCUCAAGACUUCCGAUCCCGAACCCGCGUACAUCACAGUGCAAACUACCGGAUGGCGGACAGGUCCCAAGGAAGUCAUGGAGAAAUUGUUCAAUCCGGAAGAAGCGGACACAGUGAAGGCAAGUGAGUAUAGCUUCCGGUUAAGUGUGAAGCUGGAGACGGGAGACCAGAGAUACGCGGAAAAGGUGAACACAGGAAUGUGGAUUGGGAGUGGUGCGAGAAGGGGGGCGGAAGUGAUAUACGACGCAUAUCGAGUCCUAUGA